AGAUCAUGAAGGGGGCGCUGUGAGCAGGGACCCAGCUCACAGCUGUGUCCCCCACUGCCCGGCAGGUAGCCGGUGUUCGGGGUGCAUCUACGACCCGGAGAGAACAGCACCACUUUGCCCUUUUGGACCUCGGCCUUCCACCAGGACCAACCCCGCAAUCUGACAAGGCGGCUUUGUGAACCCAGUGCCCCAGGAACUUUGGGCAGCUCCCCUGACAAAGAGAAUUCUGCCAGAUACAAGGAGACAUGGGCAACAGCAGAAGCCAGUCGGGGCCGAGGUUUUGUUCCCAGUUUCUCCCCGAGGAGCAGGCCGAGAUCGAUGGGUUGUUUGACGCUCUGUCAUCGGAGAAGCAGCACCCAGAUACCUCCCCCAGGUCCUUCUCUCUGAAGGCACUAAAGAGCCACCUAGGGGAAGCCCUUCCCCAGGAGAUGGUCACAAGACUGUACGAUGGCAUGCGGAGACUCGACCUGCCGGGGAAGGCGAAGGGGCCCAGCGAGAGCGUCUCCCGGGAGCAGUUCGCAAUGUUCAUGUCCCACUUGCUAAAGGGAAGCUCCGAGGAGAAGAGUCUUGUGAUCAUGAAAAUGAUUUCUGCCACAGAAGGUCCCGUGAAAGCGAGAGAAGUCCAGAAGUUCACGGAGGAUCUGGUUGGCUCUGUAGUGCACGUGCUAAACUACAGACAGGAGCUGAGAGGCUGGACCCAGAAGAGGGGCCCGGGCCCCCCGCCCGGGGUGCAGGUGCUGGCCGCCCAGCUCUUCUCCGAGAUGGAACUCCGAGGCAGCGAGGAGCUUCCGGGGCCUCAGCAGCUGGACCGUGACUGUGACCGAGCCGUGGUCGAGGACUGGGUGUUCAGGGUCCCCCACGUGGCCACGUUCCUGAGCGUGGUCGUCCACAGAGGCUUUCUCCUCCCGCGCUUGUCCCUCGAUCUGGCCCCCCUGGUCCCGGAGCGUCACGUGGACCAGGAGAGGGUGUUUGAGAGCAUCCUGGAUGUGCCGUCGGUCAUCUACGUCAACGCCCACCUGCCCAGGGAGCAGCGGCACCGCUGGCAUCUGCUCUUCUCAUCUGAGCUCCACGGGCACAGCUUCGCCCAGCUCUGUGGGCGCAUCACCCACCAGGGCCCCUGCGUGCUGCUGCUCGAGGACCGUGAUGGCCACGUGUUCGGUGGGUUUGCGUCCUGCUCCUGGGAGGUCAAGCCUCAGUUUCAAGGGGACGACAGGUGCUUCCUGUUCUCCACCUCCCCCCGCAUGGCUGUGUAUACCUCCACGGGCUACAACGACCACUACAUGUACCUGAAUCACGGGCAGCAGACCAUCCCAAACGGCCUGGGCAUGGGCGGACAGCACAAUUACUUUGGGCUGUGGGUUGAUGUCGAUUUCGGGAAAGGACACAGCAAGGCCAAGCCCAAGUGCACCACGUACCACAGCCCUCAGCUGUCCGCCCAGGAGGACUUCCGGUUCGAGAAGAUGGAGGUGUGGGCAGUGGGCGAGGCGCCGGGCUCACAGCAGGCCCAGAGGAACAGGAGCAUCCUGGCCGUGGACCCUGAGGCCCAGGCGCUGCUGGAGAUCAUCGGGCGCCCUCGCCACAGCCAAGGGCUCCAGGACGUCCCGGAGGAUGAGUGAGGAGCCCCCCGGGCUCGAACCUCCCCAGAGCUGGAUCCCGGCUGCCCUGUGCAGGGCACAGCCUGCAGACCCCUCCCUCUGUCGCACGUGCUCAAGUUCAACACAGAGCCAUGCUGGUCACGUCCGGGACCACCCGGAACGCAGUAAAAUUCCUUUGCUGCCGUA